UCUGUAGGAGAAACAGCUAACCUAAACAUGAAUACAAAGGUUGUUCUAGCGCUGGUGCUUUUGGGUCUCGUGACAUUUGUAGCCGCCAAAGCGAAACCAAAAGAUUGCAUUUGUACAAAGGAAUACAAGCCUGUAUGUGACAAGGACGGGAACCAGUAUUCGAAUAAAUGCAUGGCUCGCUGUGCCCGCGCUAAAGCAGUGCGUAAUGGCCCGUGUCCCGGGGGGUAUGAGCUGCCAAAUAAGACACUACGCUCAACUAUUUCGAUGCUUGAAAGUGAACUAAGCCGGGAGCCAAAGACAUUAAACAUGAAUUCAAAGGUUAUGUUUGCGCUGGCGGUUUUGGGUCUCGUGGCAUUUGCAGUCGCCGAAAACACAGGACCUGAAGGAGAGUGCAUUUGUACCAAUGAAGACGCACCCGUGUGUGGCUCUGACGGAAAGACGUACGGUAACAGCUGCAACGCCGGCUGUGCUGGCGUUGGUGUACAAAAAGAGGGCGUCUGUGAGGGAGAUUCGACUCAGAGACCACCUUUGUCGCAAUUAGGAGGAUAAAAUCAGUUUCAAGCUCUGGACAUUCCUUUCUUUUAUGAUUACUUUCUUAACAAUCCUUUCUAACUAAUAUAAAACUGGAUAACUGCUUGGAUGCAAUUUUCGUCACCGUGUAUUGCAUCAGCAAAUGUACUAUUGUUGAAACAGAACUGUUAACAUUUCACUAUUGAAUAUUAUUAAGUAAAUAAUAGUAUGAAAUUCUUAAAACUAUAUACAUAUUUAAUAAAUUUAAAUAUAAGUAAGUGGAUUUUCUUUUCUAGCAUAUCAAACUCAAAGCGAUGCCGCAAAUAUAUUUGAUAUUUUUGUACUCUUGUCUGAAAUUAAAUCUUAUAAAAGCUUG